GUGCCGGGAGGAUCCGACUCGGCCCGGCCCGCGACGUGAUCCUGUUCCUUGCACACUCUGCUGCUGCUGUUGGUGGUGGUGUUGUGGUUGUUGGUGUUGCAUGCAGUUGCUGGUUUGUUUUCGAAGGGGCUGAAGUUUUGUUUCUUUUGCGUCGACGGCAAUGGCUAUGGCGCUCGCUGGCUUGCAGACAGCCGUUGCGGGCUCCGUUUCCAUAUACCCAGCUAUGCCAGAGUCGACUUUGCGGAAACGGGUGGCUGGGCGAGCGAGAUCCCGGUGUCGAGGCGGAGGCGAUGCCAGAGACGAGAGAUUGCUAGUUUCGUCGAUGUCGCAAGUGGGUGGGUUUAAUUUCGAUAUUUCGGAGGGUCGUCACGCUGCAGCGGACGAGUUAGUGAUCCAAUCGCGAAGAAGCUUUUUGCAGACGGGAGCCACGUUAGCUUCACUAGCUGUGCUUGACCGUUUCCCAGCGCUUGCUGAGCCUGCAGAAAUUCAGCCGGAAGCGCCUGUAUCUCAGGAAGCGUUAGCAGGGGAUGGAACAGCCACUGCUCAGCAAUCGGCGAGCAAACCUAAAAAGUCCCGUGUUAAUACUGAUACGUGGUACAGGUUUCGAGGAGAAGGGUUCACAAUGAAGUAUCCCCCCGACUUUGAGGACAUUGUCGAGUAUGAUGAAAGUGGAAGUUCGUUGUAUGGAGAGCGUGCGAAGGAGAGGCCUUUCGCAGCUCGUUUUGCAUCUCCUGACAGAAAGGAAGUUCUGAGUGUUGUCGUACGGAAUGCAUCGCAACUCAAACUUUCCUUCUAUGAGACACAAGACAUCACGGAGUUUGGAACGUUGGAAGAGGCAGCCAAAAUGUUUGUUCCUGCAGGGUCAAAAAUUGUGGCCGCCGCCGCUCUUAAGCCCACAGACAGUAGAAUCCCCAGGACGUAUUACUUGUAUGAGUUCCUCGCAAAGAACGACAAACGGGUGGCAAUGUCCGCUGCAGCUGCGGGAGGAAGGGUGUUUGUAUUCGGAGCAAUGGCACCAAAUUCGAGAUGGAAUGAAGUAGGGAGCAAAAUGCGAACAGCUGCCGUCAAUUUUUCGCUCCCUUCGUGAAUUGAUUUGGUUUGGCAUAUUCUCUACAGCUCCUCCUGUUCACACAAAGCCUGACCUCUCUGGAUUGGAGCAUUGCCAUGAGUCCCUGCAACUGUGAAGCAUACAAUUUUUUAGCAUGACUAAAGUCAGUUAGGAUAGCAGCUGAGAUUCUUCACACAAUCACGUGGAUGGGGCCACUGGUCCAAGACGUCCGCAACGGAGUACCAAUUUUUAUUUUAUCUUCUUCUUAAUAACUUUCCACAUUUACACCCUCUGAGUUAA